UUUAAUAACUGUGGGUUUGGGCGAUCACCCUGAAACUCCACAGUUCAAGCUCACUGCGUACUACAGGCAAUUUUGUAACUGACCAUGACCUCUGACCUCCCUGCAAUAGAAAGACAAGAGGGAGCUUAUAAAGAAAAUGAAUCUUUUCUGUCAUUUCUAUUAUUACUAUUAUUAUUAUUAUUGUCAUGAAUGACACUACCCAUUUCCUUUGUGACAACUUUGAAUUUACUGAAUAUUUAUGUGUUUAAAAAAUAACUUCUGUGAUACCAUCUUCUUGAGAAUAUUGGCUCUGUGUACUACAGUUCUGUAGUCUCCUGUUGGUUCUCUGUGGGCUGGUCUCAGUCCCCCUCCAUAACAGGCCUUGGUGAUUGUGACGUUAGACGCCAGCGUUCCUUAUAAGCACCUGUCCCUCCACGUCACGGCAAGCUCCCAAUAUGAAAAGCGUGUGAUAGUUUUCCGAAUGAGACAGUGUGCUUAAAUAGUAGACUGGGACUAUAUAGCCGCCAUAGAGGUUCAUUUAUCCAUACAGCUGCAAGCAAGACCUGUAAGGACACUGCACACAGGAGCUUUACAUUGCACACCACAGGAUAGUGGCAGUUUGUUGCUCCUCUUCCAAUAUAACAUGGAGGUGGCACCCGGUGUCCAAGAAGCUAAUAGCCGUGCAGCAUCGCUGUUGGCAAGUCUGAACUUCCAAAGAGGACAAGCUCAAUUUUGUGACUGUGUGGUCAGACAGAGACAGAACCUGAGUAAACUUCACCCUGCACACAGGUGUGUCCUGGCAGCUUCAAGUCCUGUGUUGGCAUCUAUCUUGUCCUCUUCUGGUGCCCUGGUGGAACUGCAGGCUCCAUGUCUGUCUGACUCUGUACUGGCACUUCUUUUGGAUUACAUUUACACAGGGGCUUUACCAUACACUCGCAGCCAGCACCAGUAUUAUAAUUUACUCGCUGCCGCCAGUCACUUGCAGAUGAAUGAACUACAGGAGGCGCUGAAGACCUGGCACCAGACUGCAGAUGAAACUAAUUCUUCUGCUGUAGCUAAGAAUCAGCCAUAUAAAGACAUUAACAAUACUUAUAGUAAAACUGUGAACACUUUUAGUAAGCAUCUGCCAUUAUCACUGGAGAGAAAUGAUCAUCAGUAUUCACCUAUUGUGGACACAUGUGAUUACUUGGAUCCAUGUAGAACUAGCAGUAAAAAUGGUACAAACCACUGUAGCAGAAAAGAUGUAAGCACUAUGAGCAAUGCAAGUACCUGUAGAGUAAAUACAGUUGACUGCAGGCAAGUAACUCAUCUGACACCUGAGGAUUUGAUUCAAAAUAUCCCUUGCAUCGCUGAAGGGCACGCUGUAUCUAGAGUGGACAAAGAGGUGCAAAAGGAUCCAUUGCAUUCAGCUUAUUCAGAUUGCAUAAAGGAUGAGCUAGAGAAGACACAUGAGGAGAGGAGGGGCUUGACUUUAUCGUGCACUGCUGAGGUUCAAGAGGAAGAGAUGAGCAGAGCAGAGAAGAAGCAGCCACUGUGUUUAACUGUGAAAAGUAAAGCAGAGGAGAAGGAAACUAAUAGAAAAGAAGAAGACAAGACUCAGACCCAUCUCGCUACCCUUCUUUGUCUCUCGGCCUCCCACCUUAAGGAAAACGUUCCCCCCUCACAGUGUUCCUCCUCAUCCUCUUCCUCAGCCCCGCAUCCGUGCUGUGGAGCAGUGCCUGUCAUUCGUCACAGUAGUAAAGCAGCUGUGCUCCAUCUGGCAGAAGUGUCUCCUCCUCACCAUCCAGUUUCCCAGGCCUCAUGUAGCUCCAACACGGCCCCUGACUCACCAUCAGGAAGCACAGACAGUGACAGCAUUGUUGAAGGUAAUACCGCUACACACAAAAAUCACUAUGGGGAACAGAAUAAUGAUUACAGAUACAAUAAAGAAGACAUUGGGACACAGAGUUGGGAUCAUAAGGAUAGUUUAAAUCAAUCUCACAACCUAAAACAGGAUUUCAACAGCAGCAGUACAGAUCAUUUCACAGGACAGAAUGAUGAACAUACGAGCAAUGGAUUACCCCACAUUACAGAUCAUAAUGAUCACCAUGCUCAAUGUGAUUCAUUUCAGAAUAAGAAUCACACAAAACAUCUCAGAGAUGGCUUAGUGCCAGAGAAUGAGGAUAGUAGCAAUUUUGCAAGAGAAUUGGAGUAUAAACCUAAAAUCAGUUUUGAUGAUUUUACCUCCAAACGUCAGCGACUGGAUUGUUCUGAUUGCCUAAAUGUUUGGAUGGCAACUGCAGCAGAAGAACAGUAUAUUCGCUCACAAGAUACAAGAGAUGUAGUUUCACGUCCUGUACAGAACUCAGACACAGGAAGUGACUCUCACUGUGAAGACUUGUGUUCCGAGGGAGAAACAAAAGAUGAAUACAGUUACUCAAGGUAUCCAGCUGGAACAGAUAGACAGGACAGCCACUGUAACCUCUAUGAACCCAAGGUGGAAUGGUACCCAAACUUGCAUCAAGCUGAGAGGAGCCGAACAGAUGCUGCCUCUAGCCAGCAUGAACAUGACUCAGACAACGGAGACACACCUAUGAUGGACAAAAGACACAGUGUUGAUGUUUGUCAGCCAGUCUCUACCACUCCAGAAUCAUGUUUGGAUAGUGUCACUGGUGGUCUCUCUGGCAUUGAACACCGUGCAUCUGAGGAACUCGGAAAGAUGUCAGGCACUGAGCUCACAGAGCCACACUUAACUUUUACAAUGUCUAUGGCCCACAACCACACCACUGACCCUACGCACAGUGUUUUGGGCCCAUCAUACCGUGGACAUCUUCAAUAUCACUGCAUACCACAGGAGGAAGCAUACUUAUCACACAGAUACUCUGGUCGCAAACACUCCCACCCGAGCCACCCUGAGCAUUCAGACCAGUCCUGUGAUGAGGGGGAGGUUAGUACCUUUGCCAGUCCAGGUUACAGUCCUCUGAGACAGGAGUUUGUUGCAGGGUCGACAGACCAGAUUCUACUUCUGGACAUUAAUGCAAAACCUGCUGAGUUGCUAGUUGCUAAUGCAAUCCAACAAAAGCAAACAUUUGGAAAUGAGUUUGGGAACAAUGAUAGAGAGCAAUGGACUGAAUCAACAUCUGUAGCAUGUGUUACAGAAUAUCAGGUUGGAAAAACAAAUGUUGAAGAGAGAAAAUCUGUUGGUAAAGACCAAAGCAGGCCAGAAGCUGAGGUUAUACAUAAAGCUGGGGUUGAGAAGGUGGUUUCCAACCCUAAACAUGGUCAGAGCCAGACCCCUACCUUGGCAGUCUGUUCACCUACUAGUGUACAAGACUCUAUAGAAGCCUCCAUGUCAUCUACCUUGUCUAUCUGCAUACCUUCUACCCUGGCAGCCAGCAUGGCAACAAAUAUAUCAGUUCACCUGCCAAACCCUGUUCACCACCCUUUCAAGUGCUCUCUCUGCGACCGUUCCUUCAGCCAGCGAGGCUCUCUAAAUAGACAUGUGCGGAGCCACCUUGGCGUACGACCCUUCCCCUGCCCCCGCUGCCAUAUGACCUUUUCACGCCAGUACCGUGUAACAGAGCACAUGCGUGUUCACCAGCGGUGUGUCCUUGAGAGUGAUUUUCAACAGCCCCCUGCUCCUUCAAUUUGAAACAACAAGGAGAGGCCUCAAAAGUGAAAUGCAUUGUCCUGUCAUUAAAGGACGGAACUAUUC